CAUAACAAAUAUUAAAAUUUUGUAGUAAUUUAAUAAAAAUAAUUUCAAAGAGUUGAAAUAACUUUGCUUGUUAGCAGUAUUGUGACACAAUGAAUGCAUAUCCCUUCAUUCCGACGUGGGGUGAAAGCAUAUACGAUGACGAGUCGAUUGGCGACGAACGCAGCGAAGAAGAUACUGACGAUGCAAGCGAAACAGAAUAUCGCAGCCCACAUCGUUAUGGGGGCACCAACGGCACCUCGUCCAACAACAGCAUUACCAACAACAACACUGGUGGCAAUACCAACAAUAACAGCGAGCUUAAAGAACAAAUGUACCAGCACAAGCUAGUUAAUCUUCAGAAGCAGCUAGAUGAGCUUAACCAGUUGAUGCAUCCCGAGUACAUGAAGCGAGUGCGCAAGCUGGACAGUCAGCUUAGAGAGCGACGACGUCUAAAUGAGAUCUAUAAGGACUACAUGCGGGAGUGUGUAGAGCGCGACUAUCAACUAGAGAAGAAGGCGGCUCUGAAGGAGUUCGACGAGAAGAUGGCAGACCUCAAGGACAAUCUGAUAGCGGACUUUGAAGAUCGCAAGCGUCAAAUUGAAAACGAACGCUAUAGCUUAGAGCUGACCAACGAUUCCAUGGAAAUUAAGACAACAGUGACGCGCAAAUUGCGUCGCCGGCCAAACGAGCCGCUGCCAGUAAUCGAAAAGCGACGCAAACCAGCUACUGGUCAGCUGUUAGUAUACCAGCUGGAUGACAAAGAAAUUGAAACUGAUCUCAAGAUGAUUCAGCGCGGCAAGCCUAUGCCACUUCAACAGAACGGAAUGGGCUCGUUCAGUAACUCACAGCAGCAGCAAAAUCUGCUGCCUGAACCAAUCAGCUACGUGGACACGCGCAUUGAAGACAACAAGCUCUUGUAUGAGCGGCGCUGGUUCUGUCGUGGCCAACACAUUUACGUCGAGGGCAAAGACAUGAAUAAGUUCCCGGCAACUAUCACAGCCAUUGGCAAUGAUGUGAUUUGGGUAAAGCGCUCCAACGAGACCAAAUUCAAAAUCAACAUGUCGCAUCUGGCCAAGGGAAAAAUUUCCAUAAAGCGCCGCUAAUCAAGCUUAUGUUUAUUUAAACUAGCUUAAGUCUUAAAUGUAUAUCAUAACAAUUGAAUUAAUAAAACAA